UUUCUACAAUUAUGUAAAUUAGUUUCCUUGCUAUUGCAGAAUGCCAUGGUAUUUCAGAUUUAUGCAGUGCUAUCGCGAGCAUUUGACAGGAACGUUCCAGCCAGUGACCCGCCCUCCUACAAAGGAGUAGCCUUAGGUGGAUUCGGCACAGGAGCAAUACAAAGCCUAAUGCUCACUCCUGUCGAACUUGUGAAAAUUCGACUUCAGUUGCAAAGGAGAAGUAUCCCUGACAACAAUAAUCAAAUAACUAGUUAUAGGGGUCCAACAGAUGUUGCAAGAAGCAUAUUCAAACAAGAAGGUUGGAAAGGAAUUUAUCGCGGAUUAACAAUUACAGUACUCAGAGACGCACCAGCUCAUGGCUUAUACUUUUGGACCUACGAGUAUGUGAGAGAGCAGCUUCAUCCAGGAUGUCGUAAGAAUGGCCAAGAGAGUUUUAGAACAAUGCUUAUAGCAGGUGGUCUAGCAGGAGUUGCGAGUUGGAUAAGUUGUUAUCCUGUUGAUGUUAUUAAAACCAGAUUGCAAGCUCAGUCACAAUCUACACCCUCGAGAUAUUCUGGCAUUGUUGAUUGCUUUAGGCGAAGUGUGAAACAAGAGGGAUACAGUGUGCUAUGGCGAGGAUUGGGAACUGCUGUUGCCAGAGCAUUUGUAGUGAAUGGAGCUAUAUUCACUGCCUAUGAAACUGCCUUGAGGUUCUUUUUCAGCAACAACAACAACAACAAUAAUCACGCCAACAUUGAAACUGAAAAUACAUUCUGAUACAGAAGUAGUCAUUGAGGUGUGUCGCGUCAUUAGUUUAUUCGAUCUGGUACUUAAUACUAGAUAAAAACAGGUCAAAAGUGCAUCUUGCUCGAAAAGACAACGUUAAAGAAAGAGCUACUGGAUGUGCGACGAAAGCAAGAUGAAAAUUUUAAGCAUGCUUCAGUUUCUAUAAGAGGGACUUUGGAUCUAAUCCAGUCAAAGCAGAAGCAGAUCUUCAGUUGACAGUUUGUUACAAAGAAACAAACAUAAAGCAUGAUUCUUGGCACCUUUGCCAAUGUGUCUACUUGUGCCAUUCUAUUCAUUGUAGCAAUUAUAUGGUUUAUAGCCUAAAUGGAAAUUGAAAUUGGAUUUGGUUA